AGUUCUGAGAUCACUUGGACGCUUACAGUCGAUCGCAGCAGACGCCUUGAGGAAUUUUCUCCUAAAACUCAAAUUUAAUCAACACUAUGUGUGACGACGAUGUUGCCGCUUUGGUCGUAGACAAUGGGUCAGGAAUGGUGAAAGCUGGCUUUGCCGGCGAUGAUGCUCCACGAGCUGUCUUCCCAUCCAUCGUUGGACGCCCAAGACAUCAGGGUGUCAUGGUUGGCAUGGGACAGAAGGACAGCUACGUCGGUGACGAGGCCCAGAGCAAGAGAGGUAUCCUCACCCUGAAGUACCCCAUCGAGCACGGUAUCGUCACAAACUGGGACGAUAUGGAGAAGAUCUGGCAUCACACCUUCUACAACGAGCUUCGAGUUGCCCCAGAGGAGCACCCAGUCCUGCUGACCGAGGCUCCCCUCAACCCCAAGGCAAACAGGGAAAAGAUGACACAGAUCAUGUUCGAGACCUUCAACUGCCCCGCCAUGUACGUUGCCAUCCAGGCUGUCUUGUCCCUGUAUGCAUCCGGUCGUACCACUGGUAUCGUCUUCGACUCUGGUGAUGGUGUGUCUCACUGCGUCCCAAUCUACGAGGGAUACGCUCUUCCCCACGCCAUCCUCCGUCUCGACUUGGCUGGCCGUGAUCUUACCGAUUACCUCAUGAAGAUCCUGACCGAGCGUGGCUAUUCUUUCACCACCACUGCUGAGCGAGAAAUCGUCCGUGACAUCAAGGAGAAGCUCUGCUACGUCGCCCUUGACUUCGAACAGGAGAUGCAGACGGCUGCUUCAUCCAGCUCCUUGGAGAAGAGCUACGAACUUCCCGACGGACAGGUCAUCACCAUCGGAAACGAGCGAUUUAGGUGUCCAGAGGCCCUCUUCCAGCCCAGCUUCUUGGGUAUGGAGUCUGCUGGUAUCCACGAGACCACAUACAACAGCAUCAUGAAGUGUGAUGUUGACAUCAGGAAGGACUUGUAUGCUAACACCGUGCUGUCAGGUGGUUCCACCAUGUACCCAGGCAUCGCCGACCGUAUGCAGAAGGAAAUCACUGCCCUUGCUCCACCAACGAUGAAGAUCAAGAUCAUUGCCCCACCAGAGAGGAAAUACUCCGUAUGGAUCGGUGGCUCCAUCCUUGCCUCUCUCUCCACCUUCCAACAGAUGUGGAUCAGCAAGCAGGAAUAUGACGAGUCUGGCCCAUCCAUCGUCCACAGGAAAUGCUUCUAAACCAACUGUCUUUCAUAUCAAACUGACUCUUUCCAAAUUCAACAACCGAAAAAAUGAGCGAUGAAGUUGCCGUUGAUGGACACUAACAUGCAAAGGGGGGUGGGGUUCUCGUGCUUAUUCUAAAUAUCCAAGCAUCUUUGAAAAUGCUAAUGAUGUCUACAUUCAACAGUGCAAUGCUCGUUUCGACAUUCCAGAUCGUUCCAGCUGAUAGAAAUGUGCAUUUGAGAAUUAUAUCGAAAGAACUCAAUUCGAAGCAUUUUUCUACUUUUUUGUAUGUAGUCCGGAACCGCCCGUACGUGAGAUACAUAAUCAUGAAAGAAACUACUGAUUUUGUAAAAGAAAUGCCCAAGGCUCUGCGCGAUUGUAAAAUAAAUCUAUUGUUAAUAUUUGUAAAAUUAAACUUUUAAUAUACGUUA